AUGUCUGAACUCCUCGCAUCGUAUACGGCGCUGUCCGCAUCGAGCCCCAGGUCCGAUGUCGAUAAUGUUCUGCAGCGCAUAAUUAACGCCCCACCCACGGCCGUCGACACUCAGUCGAGGCAGCAGCUGGUGGAAGCGCUGAUCGCCGACGUAAAGGCUACGACAGGAUCGCAGAAGGGCGCCAGCGCACUGCUGGCAGUGAAGAAUCUGGGCAAGCAUCCCUCUGGCGCGCAGGUCAUCGCCAAGGCCUCCACGUUGUCCACCCUACUCUCCUUUGCCAACAACACCUUCAAGGACGAUCCCGAUGCAUCAUGCGAGGCGCUCAGAUGCAUAGCCAAUACCCUCCUUCUCAUCGAAGGCGCCAGAGUCACCUUCAUCGAGAAGGACGUCUCUGGUGGCGAGCAGUGCAUCACGCUUCUGGAGAAGUCAUCCACACCGGACCAGAUUUUCAUCAUCUCUCGAAUCCUCCUUCUGGCCACCGUUAUCCAGUCUUCGUUCUUAACGUCUCUUGUCGACGAGAAGCGACAUGGCAAGAACAUCGUGGAUACAAUUGAGGCAAAGCUGGAUUCGCUUACGACUGCCAUCCUGUCCGGGACGAAAAUGUCACGCGAAGCCACGACAGAUCUGCUCAAGUUCACCUUCAACAUCCUCAUGCAUUACCCCAAGAUGGCUGGAGAACCUACGGACCCGGCUGCCAACGCAAGUCCUGAGGAGCGCAAGGUCAUGGGAGACUACUGGAGCUCCAAGCUCGACGGGCUUCUCCCCCCUCUCCUUCGCCUCUUUACGACCCUACCUCCCACAUUCCCUGCGCCGCUUACGGCGCCACUCACCCACGUUAUUCACUCGCUAAUCACAAUACCCAUCACGCCCAAUCUCAAGCCGCUCUGGUUCGGAUCAACUUCCCCCAGCCCGAAGACAGCCAGCUCGGUGGCCAGCAGCUCCGCAGGUCGGGCAUCAACAAGCACAAGAACGCAGGCCGGCGGGCGAUCUGGUAGUGGCAGCACCAGUGGUCGGUCGUCCCGCAGCACGUCCCCGCCGACAACGCCUACCUCAUCACCCAAGCCCUCGACGUUGGAUCGUGCGCUAAACGUUUUGUCGGGUGGGCGUCGUUCUAUGUCACGAUCUCCGCAGCCCUUCCGCGCUCCUGAUGUCCUCGGCCGCGCCCACGAUCUACUCGACGUGUCUUUCUCGCACUACUUCCCAGGCGACAUCGAGCCGGACGACAUCAGCGUGCGAGAAGGGGUGAAGAAGGAGAAUGAGACCGGCGGGAACAUCGGCAGCACCAUCGAUGACAUGCUCACGCCGCUCGUUGUGCUCAUCACACGCCUAUGUACCGCGGACGAGCAUUCGCGUGCGCGGAUGCGCGAGUGGCUCGUCCCUGCCGAUCUCGACCGGACUGCACCGCUGGAAACGCGCAAGGACACGCUUGGGCGAUGCAUACGCCUUCUCUCGUCCGUGUAUCAUCCCAUGUUGAAGGAUGCCGUUGGAGAGCUAUUCUUCAUUGUCUCCGACUCAGACCCUUCUAUCAUGUCUUCACUUUUUGGAUACGGCCACGUUGCUGGCUACCUCUUCAACAAGGGAAUCAUGAGCGCCCCGCCGCCGCCGUCUGACUCAGGCGCGGCAUCCAGUGUUCCAGGGGCCUCCAUCAACCCUAUCACUGGCUCAGUGCAGGAGCGCCGGCCACCAGAGCCCGAAAUGACCGAAGAGGAGAAGGAAGCGGAGAUGGAGAAGUUAUUUGUCCUUUUUGACAGGCUGGAGCGUACUGGCGCCAUGCCCAAGGAGCAGAAUCCUAUCAGGAAAGCCAUACAGGAAGGCAAGAUGGGCUAA